AAAAGGAGGAAGUUGACCUGGUAACGACUGCAUCUAAUAAACAGAAACCCUGGUCAUUUAUUCCCAGAGCUCAGUUCUCUCCUCCUUCUCUGUUCCGGAAUAAUAUUGCUCCUUCACUGAAAGGCUCCAACACAGAGGAAGAAAUGGACGAGAUAAAGACCGAGCCUGUGGAUUUUGUGAAGGAAUUUCAAGAAUACCUGACACAGCAAACCCAGCACGUCAACAUGAUCUCAGGCUCCGUGUGUGGAGAGAAGGAGUCCCCGGAGCCGUUUCAAGCCGCUGCACCCAGAAGUGAGCAGAAUGGCUUGGACCCUCCGUCUGUGGAGGUGAGCCUGGCGAUGGAGGAUGGGUCCGAUGUGCAGAUGGACGGCCUGGAGAGGACCUGUGAUGGCAAAUACAAGUGCAGCUACUGUAGCUAUGCGAACAAGGGCAUGGCUCGCUUAAUAGAGCACAUCCGCAUCCACACAGGAGAAAAGCCACACCGCUGCCAGCUGUGCCCAUUCGCCUCAGCAUAUGAGCGCCAUCUGGAAGCCCACAUGCGUUCGCACACAGGAGAGAAGCCAUACAAGUGUGACCUCUGUGCCUUCCGCUGCAGCGACCGCAGCAACCUGUCGCACCACCGUCGCCGCCGCCACAAACUUCUUCCCACGAGGGUCGUUCGUUCUUCCUUCUCCAACAAGAGAAUGCUGAGCGCCCUGCAGAAGAGGACGGGCGCGCUUGGCUUCAGCAGGCGACUGCUUAUCAAUUUCAACCCUGCCUCCAUGGUGAUGCCAAAGUCGGAUUAUCUAAACGACUUGUCUCACAAGCUCCACUACCAUAUGAAUGGCAGUGAGUAUAAGGAUCUUCCCAAGGUAGAUGAGAGUGAUUGUCACAACAGAGAUGCUAAUGGUUUGACGUUUAAUAAUCCGCUGGACCAGCUUUCCACACUUGCUGGCCAGUUGGCCGACCUUCACCCUGAGGCUCAGACUGCAACAUCUCCAGACAGGGAGUUUUUAGAAGAUGAGAAGCCCAUCCUCAUACAUCAGGUCUCUAUUGACCAGGUUGCAAUGUCUUCAAACAGAGUGCAGACAUCACCUCCUAAAGAAGAAGAAUCUCCCACCUCGGGCCGCGGCAGUUGUAGUCCUGUUCCUGGCCUCGGUUUUGAGAACAACAUGCACAUGCUUCCUGCGAGUGUGAGCAACAGCCAGCCGAGCACACCCACUCCUGCCAUGAACACACUGGACCAACAGCUCUUUCAAAAAUGCCCGCACUGUGAUAUAGACUUCUCGGACAAUAUCCUCUACACCAUUCACAUGGGCUGUCAUGGCUACGAACAUCCAUUCCAGUGCAACAUCUGUGGACACAUGUGCACAGACAAAUAUGACUUUGCAUGCCACUUUGCCCGUGGCCAACAUAAAAACUGAUUCCUUGUGAUAGAGAAGCAUAUGGAGUCAGAUAUCCUUGUGUUUUCGGUAAAUUGUAUUACACACAGUGA